CCCCCGAGAAGCCGCCGAUCUGCACCGCCGACGAGCUCCACUACGUGUCCGUCGGCAACAGCGACUGGCGCCUCGCCCUCUGGCGCUACCUUCCGCCUCCCUCAGGCUCCCGUCAGGAAUCAUCCUCUGCUGUUGCUGUCCGGAGUCGGAACCAACGCGAUUGGCUACGACCUCUCCCCUGGUUCUUCAUUUGCACGGUAUAUGUCGGGUGAAGGAUUUGACACCUGGAUUCUGGAAGUCAGAGGUGCUGGAUUGAGUGCAUGGGAAUCAACUCCCGAAGGAAUUGAAUCUGCCAAUAAAAUAUCGAAGCAAAUGGAAGCUGCUGCAAAAGGUGCAAUAAAUGGAGCACUUCCCGAGCAACAGGAUUCAACAAACGGUACCAGUUUCCAUCUGGACUCUGAAGUUCCUGCUGCUAAAGGAGAUCCUGCAGUUCUGGCGACAGCAUGGGAUGAAUCUAAGCUGGUGACAAAGUUAACAGAGACUUUCAUGCGUUUAUCAGAAAGGCUCUCUGGUUUUCUUAGCGAAGGUCAAUCCAGAAUUAUGUAUGCUAAGUUCUUUGAUCAGAUAUCCAAACUUUUGGAGGAUUCACAGUUAUCAGAGCGGUACAAUGAGAUAAGGGCCACUCUUUCAGGCUUGUUGGAAUCAAGGCAAAACUCUGGGAUUGCUAAUCAAAUUAGAGACUUAAGUGAACGACUUGUAAAUAUUAUUGAAGAAGGUCAACGAUCCGUUUCACCUCCACUUUUUGAUAUACAAGAACGUUUCUCUUCUACUAUUGAAGAUUUUCAGAAGCAGCUUGAUUUGAUCGUGAAGUAUGACUGGGAUUUUGAUCAUUACCUCGAAGAGGAUGUGCCUGCUGCGAUGGAAUAUAUAAGAGCAAUAAGCAAACCAGAGGACGGUAAACUGCUGGCAAUUGGACAUUCCAUGGGAGGAAUCUUGCUUUAUGCUAUGCUAUCUCGAUGUGGUUUUGAAGGAAAGGACCCAAAAUUGGCAGCUAUUGUUACUUUGGCAUCAUCACUUGACUACACACCUUCAAAAUCAACACUCAAGUUGCUUUUACCCCUCGCAGAUCCUGCACAGGCUCUUAAUGUUCCUGUUGUUCCCCUGGGGGCAAUGUUAUCGGCCGCUUAUCCUCUUUCAGCGCGCCCUCCCUAUGUGUUGUCUUGGUUAAAUCAUCUGAUAUCAGCAGAGGACAUGAUGCAUCCAGAAUUGUUGGAAAAGCUCAUCUUGAACAACUUUUGCACUAUACCUGCUAAACUCAUACUGCAGCUAACAACGGCUUUCAAGGAAGGAGGGUUAUCUGACCGUAGCGGCAGAUUCUUUUACAAGGAUCAUUUGCACAAAAGCAAUGUGCCUAUCUUGGCUAUUGCAGGGAAUAAAGAUCUAAUCUGUCCACCUGAAGCUGUUGAGGAAACCGUGAAGCUUAUUCCUGAUAAUCUGGUGACUUACAAAGUUUUUGGGGGAGCUGAAGGGCCUCAUUAUGCUCAUUAUGAUUUGGUGGGGGGUCGAAUGGCCGUGCAGCAGAUCUACCCAUGCAUAAUCGAGUUCCUUAGUCGCCAUGAUUCUUGUGAAAGCCAACACAACAAUGCUACCUCAUCUGAUGAAUUGAGGCAACAAGAAUGAAAUUCUGUUCUGGUUAUGCUGCAUGGUGCUCACGAGCUUUCCCAAGCAAAUGCUUGGAGACUUCGUGGCUCUGAUGAUGUUUAUUAGUGCACGUCACUUUAGAAGAUAUGCGAUGCUCUAGUAGGAUGAUCACGUCCCCAAAGGGAUAAAGGAUCGAGAUGGGGCUGGAUAUGCUCGGGCUUAGUUGUUGUUGAUAAUUAUAGGUAGUUUGUUAAUUUGGUUUGUAACAUUUUUGGGGAGGAUCAUGUUUUAUUGUAAAUUCUGUCUAAUGGCCUAUAUGUAGGGGUGUGCAACCGGACCGGGUAUACCCGGUUCCCGGAUUGGCCCACCCAGAAAAUAGGGUCGGGAAUCGGUUCCCAUUGAAACCAGUCCGGGAACUGGUUCCCAAAAUUCGGAAGUGGUUUAAACCGGUCCGAGAACAGGUUCCGAGUGAUUACCCAUCCGAAAACUGAUUCCUAGACUGGUUUUGGAACCGGUUCCCGGACCGGUUUUGUAAGUAGAGGUCUAAAACCUUUUUUUUUUCCCGAUUUCUAUUCUUACUCCCACAAUCACACAACGUUUUUCAUCUUGGUUCUUUCAAACAUGCACAACACUCUUCCUUUGUCA